AUGGAUCUCGAGAGUGAAGCGAAGGGCGAUGACGAGGCCCAUGAGGAAGGCGCGGGCGAGCAGCGCGAUAUGCACGCCGAAGUCAAGGAAGCCAGUCCGAUGCGGGCGAGCGAGGAGGCUGCGCCAGGCGCGGCAGAAAUAGGCGGGAAGGAUGGUGCGCGGAACCAGACGCGUGGUGAAGAAGGCAACGACGACAGGAGGCGUAGCCGUGGAUCGCGCUCGCCAACCCCCCAUCAGCACCACGACCAGAAUCAUGGUGGCGAGAGGCAUGCGUCAGAUCCGCGGCUGCAGCAAGACAAGAGGCGCGACGGCGGGCAUCGCUCGCCAGAUCCGCGGCUGCAGCGUGACGAGAGGCGCGGCGGCGACCAUCGCUCGCCAGAUCCGCGGCGGCAGCGUGACGAGAGGCGUGGCGGCGACCAUCGCUCGCCAGAUCCGCGGCUGCAGCGUGACGAGAGGCGCGGCGGCGACCAUCGCUCGCCAGAUCCGCGGCUGCGGCGUGACGAGAGGCGUGGCGGCGGCUACCGCUCGCCAGAUCCGCGGCGGCAGCGCGAGGACAGACGUGACGGCGGCAACCGCUCGCCAGAUUCGCGGCAGCAGCGUGAGGACAGGCGCGACGGCGGCUACCGCUCGACUGAUAUCCGCGGAGGUAUCACGGCGGGAGGAGCGAGAGGGGCUCACGCUCACCAGAUCUGCAGCGCUAUCAUGAUGGGAGGAGCAGAGAUGUCCAGCGCUCGCCUGACGCGCAACGGCAUCCUGGAGGAGGGUGGAGAGGCGAGGCGCGCUCGCCGGAUUGGCGGCAGCCGCUUGAGGAGAGUCACGGGGGCAGACAUCGCUCGCCACCGCGGCAGCGGAGCAGGGAUAUAA